CAAUAAAAUUCAUCCAAAGGGCUUCUCCUGCCCCCAGCCGGAUGGGCAUCACGUGGCCCCCAGUUAUCAGGCCAGGAAAAUUCCAUCCCUUGCACACUUAGCCUCACACACCCAUCUGCUCACUUACCCUGGCACACCCAGCCUCCCUUACCCACCAUCUGCGUUCGCCUCCACACACUCCUGGCAUACUCGGUUCACUCUCAGCCUCUUACACCUUUCCUGUGACCUUUCCCUCACUGCCACAUUGACCGCCACAGACCUACCAUGUCCCUAGAGCCACUGAAGUUCCAGGCCGUGGGCGAGGAUGAAGAGGAUGAGGAGGAGAGCUUAGACUCUGUGAAGGCACUGACAGCCAAGCUUCAAUUGCAGACCCGAAGACCUUCCUAUCUGGAGUGGACCGCCAGGGUCCAGAACCCCGCCUGGUGCAGAGUCCACGCCAGACCUGAGCCGGGGAGACCUGGAACCAUUUGUGGCUUUGACUCCAUGGAUUCCGCGCUUGAAUGGCUCAGGAGGGAGCUGGAGAUGCGUGCUCAGGACCGGCAGCUGGCAGGGCAACUGCUGAGGUUGCGGGCACAGCUGCACCGACUGAAAGUGGACCACGCCUGUCACUUGCACCAGGAGCUGCUGAAUGAGGCGGAGCUGGAGCUGGAGCUGGAGUCUGGGGCUGGCCUGGCUCUGGCCCCGCCACUGCGGCAUCUGGGGCUCACACGCAUGAACAUCAGUGCCAGGCGCUUCACCCUAUGCUGAGAGCACUUGGUGUCUCCGGGACUAUCUGGGAAGAAGGAAGGGAGAGGUGCCCCAAAUAUCUUAAUAAU